AUGCAUUUGCAAAGGGGCGAUAUCGACGAGGGCGUCUUGGAGGCACUAGGAUGCCUGCUCACUCGCAGUGCCCCCUAUCUGACGCAUCUCACACUGGAGGACAGACGCGCUGCUGCACGCCUCCUUGAUCCGCCGCGAAGUGCAGUUACAGCUCGCGCAACAAGACACGCCAAGCAGCUGCCUCUGCAUGGCGAGGGCUCUCCAGGAGCACUCCGAACAGCAGCACUGUCUCCGGAGGCUUCUGCGACGGCGCAGCGAGAAGAAGGAUCGCAGUGCCUUAAAAUCGAAGCUAUACCCCCCCCCCUUACCGCAGGAGAGGAGCAGCGUAUUUUGACGUGGCUCGCGAGUAGGCCCUCAUCCUCGCGCCUCGCGGGAAGGACUGCCGCAUCAGAAGAUUUUGCUGCUGCUUCUGCCUCGGCAGAAGCAGCGAGCCCACAUCCAGCAGCGAUGCCUGCGAGUCCUCUCCCUGCGUCAGGAGUGGCAGCUUCGGCAACCAGCGCUGCAGAAAACGAAACGCUCACUCCUCCCGAAGACGCACUCGCCAACACAGCCGCGGAUCGUGCCGGCAGGCACCGACUCCUGAACCCAGAGCCCGCUGUACAGACACCUCACAGGACGGCAGACCCCGCGGCGGCGUCGCCAGCAGGUGCUGCGAGAGCACACUGCAUGUCAGCCGUAUCGGCUGCUCCUGCCGCACGUGCUUCCUGCUUCGCAUGCGGAGAGCUACAAGCACCAGCAUGCACGGCAGCGGCGCUAACGCGGCAAUAG